CGUCUCUCUAAUAAACACGAAACUACACGUAAGGUUACGUAUAUAAUGUUAAAACGUUGUGUCGUUCUUCAUUAGAUAUACAAAAACAAGAACAACAACAACAACAAUUCUGAAAACCACGGUGAUGUUUUCUGCGUAGCUUUCGGACAAGAAUACAAAGUACAUCUCAUCGGGGGAUCUUCUCGGCGUAUUAUUGAUUUACCUCGCGUCCAGUGUCAAGAUGCCAGUGGACAGAAUGAGAAUGUGCCCCUGGUUGGAGCAGCAGAUAAGAAGUGGGCAGAUUCAGGGUCUUCACUGGGUUAAUGAGGAGAAAAAGAUAUUUCAAAUACCAUGGAUGCAUGCAGCCAGACAUGGAUGGGAUUUGGAAAAGAAUGCACCUUUAUUUAAGAACUGGGCCAUUCACACAGGAAAAUACCGUCCUGGUAUUAACAAACCAGACCCUAAAACAUGGAAGGCAAACUUUCGGUGUGCUAUGAAUUCUCUACCAGACAUUGAGGAGGUGAAGGACAAAAGCAUGAAGAAAGGAAACAAUGCCUUCAGAAUGUACAGGAUGCUUUCAGCAUCUGAAAAGGCUGUUAAGAAAGGGAAGAAAAAGAAGGAUCUGGAGCAAAGAGUAAAACAAGAUUUUCAGAAACGGAAAGCAGGCAUUCCCAGAAAACUCAAAACGAUGAACGAAGAAGUAAAUGAAGAAACUAUGCCAGACAGCACCGUAUUAUUUGCUGAGCAGGAGCACCCUAAAUCCAUGUUACCUGAGAGAGAGGAGGCUGUAGGUGAACUACCUGAAGUGUGUGCAGUUGUUGAGGUGGCAACAGAUUCAGAUGAGCCUGCAGUUAGCUCCUCUAAAGUGUCUUGCCCCAUCCAGGUCUCCCAUGUUUCAUCCCACAGUGAGAGCGACUCAGAGAGCACAUACAGCGAGGAAGACUUGGUACAGCUACCACAGGACUUGUCCUUAAAUGCUUCAGAGAGAUCAUCAUGUGGAUCUGUGUUACGGAUCCCAACUUCAGCUCAAUCCUCCUUUUUCACAUCAGAGAAAACUAAUUUCAGAGUGACCAGCUGCAGAGAAGACUCACCCCUAAUAAGCUAUGACACUGCUCCAUGGUUUCCCUUGUUGCUUGGUUUCCAAAAUCACACCAAUGUGCGACUCUCAAGCCCUGCCCCCACACCAGAGCUCACCAGCAGCCGAACUUCUCAGGCAAGAGCGAUAGCGAAUGUUAUGGAUCUCUCCAUUACGUCACGAAAAGCUUUAUAAUGUAGACUUGAAAUUCAGUGUGCUGCUAUUGAGCUGAUAAGAUGCCCUACCCCAGAAGUUUAAAGGGAUAGUUCACUUAAAAGUCAUCAUUUACUAACUUGUGUUGUUCCAAACCCAUAUGAUUUUUUUCUUCUUCCAUGAAACACAAAAUGAGAUGCUAGACAGAAAGUUUAGGGUCUGACAGCCUCCGACACCAAAUAAAGCAGAAUCAACAUUCUUUAAAACUUUAUUUUAACUUUAGAAUUAGGUCUUGGAAUGACAUGAGGAUGACUAAAUGACAACAGAAAUUUAAUUUUGGGGCAAACUAACCCUUUAAAAGUUAAACCGGUGUUAGAUUUGCCUCUUUUAGUGGCCCGUGUUUGUGUGAGAGUAAAUCUGAAAAUUUUAUAUUGCAGAGCACUACCUCAUUAUCUUAUGAUUGGUAACUUGAACUACCUCACAGAUGGAACGUGACCUGUGCAACUUUGAUCACAGAACUUAAUAUCAAUGUAAGCUAUUGAGUAUAUGUUAAGUGUAGAAUGACCAAUACGUUUAAUAUUCAUUGACAUGAUGUGCCUGACAGCAGAUUUAACAGCACAAUCACAAAUGGAAUUAAAAAGUACAAUAGCAAGGGAUUUUUUUAAGGAAGAUAUGCAAUAAUGUUUUUCUAUAGACUUCAGCACAGUUUUGAUAAAGUUUUUGAUUGAAAUACUCAAGCUUUGCUUGUUUAUUUUUUAGUGCUGUCAGUCGAUUUACAUUUUUUGAAUCGCAAUUAAUCGUAUAACUUUUUGUAGUUAAUCACAGAUUUAAAAAAUGCUGAAAUUUGACACUAUAUAUACUUGUCAGUACUUCUCAAACUUUUAUUAUUUCCACCUUAGGGUAGAAAACAAAACCAUAUGUAGCAAUAUAAUGCUGUAUUAACAUUUUUCAA